CGUUAAUACAUAAUUCAUUUAUUUUGUAGGAAUGGCAGUUUUUAUUGUGUAUGCAUUACUAAAAUAGUUUAUAGUAGAAGAGCCUGAAAAAACAUAUAUAUGUAAAUUCCAUACAGUUUCUAAAAAUAAAUAUAUAUACAUACAUUUGAAGAAAUAGAUGAAAGAAUAUAUGAAUUUUCUCCACAAUGUAAAUCAUACAACAAAUUUAAUAUUAAUAUUCCAAAAUAUCUUUUCUUUUUACAAAAAUUACUGUAUAAAAUCCAUGAAUUUAGGUUCCUCCAUAUUAGAUGUGAGUCCAGCUAAAACGAUGUUAGCGGUUCUAAAAUUAAAAUCAACACGAUGUGUAGCGACCGUGCAAUAAUAGCGAUUCGCCGAAGUAAACAUAAAACACACGAUUCAUGCGCGUAUUUAGCUGGAGGACAACUUUAGGAAUGUUAGCGAGUACUUAUUUAGCUCUAUCGUUAUUCGUCAAAAUUUUCGCGGGCAUAAAAAAAGAUUUUUUGAAAUCGUUUCAUGAAAUUGACUUAUUAAUAGCCAUAAUAAUAAUUGUAUAAUAAUUAAUAUUAUAAUUAGUAUUAAUUGAUGCAAGCCUGUAUUAAAGUUGUGUUUGUCUUAAAAUUACACGUACGUCAUUAGUUUGUAGAUAUCUUGGAAUUAAUUUUCUAAGAAUUCCACUGUUUCGGUCCAGUUGUAUUCGAUGGUUCGAUGAUUGACGAGCGAAAUCGAAAGGGUUUCUCACAUAAUCCUUUGUUCUGCUGACGACAUCUGCGACGUGCUCCGACCCCGACAACAGCUGAUACUCCUCUCGCAGAGUUGAUGACUGGCCUUAUGCGCUUGAGUCGAGUUCAUUCUACGAGUGGAUGAGUAGUAGACUCUUAUAGGUUAAAAAUACAUAAAUAGACCACAAGACUGCAGUUCAUCAUGGCUAGUACAAUGGAAAUGGUGUGCAACAUUCUUGGAAUUGAUAGAGUAAAUAUGGACAGUAAAAUAAUCUUGAUCGAAGAGCAACACGGUACCAAUGCAAACUUCUUGGUGAAUGCUAUCUUAUCGCAUGCUGUAAAGCAGAUAAAGGCUGUCUGUCUCGUUCUAUGCCAUAAUACCUUCAGUCAUUAUCACAACAUUGGCAUGAGACUCGGUUAUAAUCUUCUGACUCUGAAAGAAAAAGGCCAGGUGACUGUUGCUGAACCGAUGAAAAUUGUAGCCACCAAUAUUGCUGAUAUGUGUAAGGAUAAGGAUUCUGUGAAUCAAGAGGAAUUGAUAAUUCCAGUUUCUUCUAUGGAGAAUAUAGAUAUUGCGCAUAGAUUGUUUACAUGUGUUAGAAAGAAGUAUGAUGAGGCAGCAAAAUUCAAUGAGUCUGUUGUUUUUAUUUUCGACGAUAUAAAUCAUCUUCUUGACUUUGGCCUCAGUGUACAGGAUGUUAUGUACUUUUUAAGAUACUUAAGGUCAUUUGUAGCAUUGCAUCCUUUGUCAGAGCUUUGUAUUCUUACACACACGUAUCAAGAUGAUUUGCAGACUUCGAAUACAGAUGUAGUUGCUAAAAUCUUAAAAUAUAUGGCGCAUCUAUGUGUCACAACUCAACCAUUUAAGACAGGACAUUCUAUCGAUGCAUCUGGUAAACUAAUCAUUCAUUGGAGAAUUGAUUCCAUUAGAUCAAAAUAUCACUGGGCCGAGAAAACAACACAUUUGUUUAAAUUGUUAGAUUGGCAAGUGAAGAUUGGUGCACCUGGUGUAGCAUUUAUCUUAUCAUAAAUAAUUUAAAUUUA